AUGUCCAAAUUAAACAGAGAUGUUCUUUAUUUAAUAUUUAAAGAGUUGCAUAAUGAUAAAUAUACUCUUCAUUCUUGCCUUUUAGUUAAUAAAACUUGGUGUGAGGUUGCUAUUCCAAUUCUGUGGAGAAAUCCUUGGAAAUAUUUAAAUUAUUCAAAAGGAAAAUUUUUACUAGAUGUAAUAAUUUCACAUUUAUCAGAUGAAUCAAUGAAGAAUAUAAAGAGCCAAGGCAUUGAUUUUACAAUUAAUUCAUACAAAAAGCCAUCAUUUAAUUAUAUUAAUUUUUUUAAGCAUUUAAAUUUAAAUGCAAUCAAAGAGUUAGUUAAGCGUUCUGAAAUGUUGAUUAUUUAUAAUGAAAUUAUUCGUCUUUUUAUUAAUGUAAAUACAAAAUUUACACACCUUUAUAUACCCCAAAAAUUUGAUUAUCAAUUACAUCUAAUUCCUGAAGCUAAGCAUUGCUUUUCAAAUAUUGAAUUCAUUAGAUGUUAUACGAAUAUAAAUGAUAGUGGUUUAGCUGGAUUGAUAGAAAUUUGUAAAUCAGUUAAAGAAUUGGAACUAAUUAUUAAUAAGAAUGAUAACAAUUAUGGAGUCACUAGAUUAAUUGAAACUCAAAAAUCCUUAUUUAAUGUUCAUUAUAUAAUCUUCCGUUCUACAGAUAAUGUAUCAUUUCAUACAGCUCUUGAAACAUCGUUGAUUAAACAUGCAAAUACCAUACAACAUUUUAAGAUAACUAACCAACCUGGCACAUAUUUUUUAUCAUGUUUUAUUAAUUUAAAAAGUUUAGAAUUAGAUGGUUAUUUCGGUGUAACAUGGUAUUGCUUAAAAAAUUUAUCUUUGCCUUUUUUACAAAUUUUAAAGGUUAAUAAUGAUUAUCCAGUAAUAUUUUUGGAAGGUAUUAUUGAAAGUACAAGUGGAUAUCUUUCAGAAAUAGCUAUUAAUAGAAUAAGUUAUGAUGAUCCUAAUAGUAAAAUAUUAGUACAGACUAUUUACACAAAAUGUCCAAAACUUAAAUAUCUUAAGUUAGAAUUUAAAAAUAAUAAUAUUUUAGAAUUAGAAAAAUUAUUAAUUAAUUGUCAAUAUUUAGAUGGAUUGUUUAUUAUUGGAAUUUUUGGUUUUGAUUGGUAUAGAUGUUUUGAAAUAUUAACAAGAUCUUCACCAAUUAAUUUGUUCAAGUUUAAAUUUAAUUAUUCAACUCACAUUGGAUGCUUAAAACUAUUUUUUGAUGAUUGGAAAGUUAAAUGUCCUGAUCGUCCUAUGAAAUUACAGCUUAUAGAUGAGAAACGUCGACCUAUUAGUGAAGAAAAUAAAAAUUUAAUAGAAACUUACAAAGCAGAAGGGAUAAUUAAAAAAUUUUCUAAUCAUUUGUAUAAUGAAGAUUUUGAAUGGCUGUGA